GUCAUUUACGCACCGCCGCGGCUGCUUUGUGACUCUGUCUCAACCGGAGUCUUUUACGCACAGAUACUACCGUGAACUCUCCUUCUUUCCCACACCUGUGCUCACAGUUCUUUUUGUAGCUGUAAAAAAAAAAAAAAUAAGAAGAAAAGGGACAUGUUUGGGGUUUUGAAGGGAAUCACCGGACUGUCCGCUUGCUGGUGUCUGUUGAUGCUUAUUCAUUGUUUGCCUCAAACAGAUGCCGCCUUCAUAUGCAGCUCCACUCAGUUUAAGUGCGGAAACGGGAGGUGCGUCACCCGCAGGUGGAUUUGUGAUGGAAGUGAUGAUUGUGGUGAUGGAACCGAUGAGCUGCCUGCUACCUGUGCACUUAAAAUCUGUCGGGAUUCCCAGUUCAACUGCGGCGCUCCCAUGAACCAGUGUAUACCAAAAAGCUGGCACUGUGACGGCAAAGCCGACUGUACCAAUGGUGCAGACGAGAAAAACUGCACGGUCAAACAGUGUGACAAGUCUGAGUUUCGUUGUGCCAAUGGCCAUUGCAUAUCCAAGAGCUUUGUUUGUGACAGCGACAACGACUGCUCAGAUGGCUCAGAUGAGGCUUCCUGUACAAAACCCACCUGUAACCCUCAGUCCUUCCAGUGCAACAACACAGUCUGUGUGCCAUCGCUUUGGCGCUGCGAUGGAGACAGGGACUGCGCUGAUGGGUCUGAUGAGUGGCCAGAAAACUGUGAGGGAAGGCAGCCAGAGAAGAAGCCACGCUGCAGCAUUCACGAGUUCCAGUGUGCGAGUGGGGAGUGUAUCCAUAGCAGCUGGAUGUGUGACGGAGGGUUUGACUGCGAGGAUCAUUCGGAUGAGGCUAACUGCACUCGUUCUACAUGUCGCUCGGGUGAGUUCCAGUGUAAGGACGGCACAUGCAUUGACAAAAGCCUCCAAUGUAAUGGAAAACAUGACUGCAGGGACCUGAGUGAUGAGUUUGACUGUAAUGCAGAAAACAUAUGUGAAGGGCCAACCAAGUUUAGGUGUCACAAUGGGGAGUGCAUCAACAUGGAUAAAGUGUGCGACAAGAACAGAGACUGCACUGACGGGUCUGAUGAACCAGUAAAAGAGUGUGGAAACAAUGAGUGUUUGACCGGAAAUGGUGGCUGCUCCCACAACUGCACAGAUCUGAAGAUUGGCUACAGUUGCUCCUGCCCUGCAGGAUACAGACUGAAGGCGGACAACAAAACCUGUGAAGACAUCGAUGAAUGUGCUGAGCCAGACACUUGCAGUCAGAUCUGCUUGAACCUGCCUGGCAGCUACAAGUGUGACUGUGAAGAGGGCUAUGAGAUUGACCCUGCGACCAAAACUUGCAAGGCUGAAUCAGGCAUAGUGCCCACCUUGUACUUCACCAACAGACACGAGGUGAGGAAGCUGACGGUGGACCGCAGCGAGUAUGUGCGUGUGAUCCCACUGCUGAAAAACGCGGUGGCUCUCGACAUGGACAUGCCAAAUAAGAUGAUCUUCUGGUCUGACCUGUCUCUGAAAAAAAUCUACAGCUCCAAGAUGGAUGUGGCCGGCGACUCUUCUCACCACAAUGUGGUGAUUGGCAGUGGGAUUGAGGCCCCAGAGGGCAUUGCGGUUGACUGGAUCCAUGGCAACAUCUACUGGACUGACAGUGUUUUGAAGACUAUUUCUGUGGCAACAACAGAUGGCAGUAAGAGGAAGACCCUCAUCACUGAAGGCCUGGACAAGCCAAGAGCAAUCACAGUCGACCCAGUAAAUAAUUUGAUGUACUGGACAGACUGGGGUGAGGAAGCUAAGAUUGAGAAGAGUGGGCUGAACGGUGCGGGUCGCAUUGCUUUAGUAACAGACAACAUUGUGUGGCCCAAUGGCAUCACCCUAGACAUGGUCAGCCAGCGUCUGUACUGGGUCGACUCCAAGCUGCAUUCUCUCUCCAGCAUCGAUGUGAAUGGAGGCACCCGACACAGUCUCAUCAUAAAUGAGGCAAAACUAUCCCACCCGCUCUCCCUCACUGUCUUUGAGGAGAAAGUAUUUUGGACAGACAUGAACAACGCUGCUGUGUUUAGUGCCAACCGCCUGACAGGGGGGAACAUCACCGAGCUGGUGAAGGACCUGAGCCAGCCAGAGGACAUCGUAUUACACCACAACCUCAAGCAGCCAAUUGGCACAAACUGGUGCAUGAAUGGAGGUUGUGAGUUCCUGUGCCUACCUGCCCCUCAGCUCGACCAGCAGUCUCCGAGAUACACCUGUGCCUGUCCUGAUGACAUGAUCCUGGGACCUGACAUGAAGAAAUGUGUGACAGGAAGCACAGCUGCACCUCCUGCUAAAGAUAAAACUGCUGCACCGCUGCCACCACAAGGUCCCACAAAACCUGCUACACCCAGGCAACCUGUCCCAACCACCACAACUACAACCACCGCCAGAGCUACCAAAAAAUCCACAACUACCUCUAAGUCUGUUGCCACUGCUCAAGGUGACAGAAAAGCAGUUGUGCAGCCUCAAGAAGCUCCUGCCUCCCACCCUCUUGCUCUCUACGUCGUGUUGCCGCUAAUGAUCGUGGCCCUGCUGGUCUUUGGAGGAAUGUACCUUUGGAGAAACUGGCGUAGGAAGAACACCAACACCAUCCACUUUGACAAUCCCGUGUACCAAAAAACCACCGAAGAUGAACUACACAUCUCCAGGAACGGCUCUGAUGGCUACGUGUAUCCUGAGCGCCAAAUGCUGAGCAUGGAUGACACAGACAUGCCCUGACCUAAAAAUGAAGAAAGUUUUAUUUGAAGUGAUGGAAACAAGAACUGCUGCUCAACAACCCCAUUCCCUUCCCCUAGUAACCUCAUUUUGUGGCUUAUGUUUCCAACCUCAGCACUGUGCCGUCCAAGCCUGCAAAGGAGUUGAAAGAAAAAAAUAAUCUCUUUUUUUUUUUUUUUUUCCUUGGGUCCUCAGGAAAGUAUUGACAGGUGCCCUGCUUCUGUGGAUAAACAGGUAGCAAGCUGAGACCAUCAGCUACAGGGUGACACAUCUGUCACCUGGUAUUGGUCCAAUACAUCAUUAGUCCCUUUUUUUGUACGUGUGUGUGUGUGUGUGUUUAUGAAGACAUGCAUCUGAUCUUCCUCAAUAUCCAAACCCAUUCAAACACAGCAAAAUGCAAAAA